AUGAGUCUCAGUUGUCGCUACCGCAACAUAGUAGUGAGAGAGAAAAAAUACUGUUUUUAUGAUGUCUUUACCCUUACCGCUUAUUGCCACCUUAAGGGAAGUACAUUGUUAACAAGUUGUGUAAAAACAAAAGUUAAAUUGAGGGUCCAAGGUCCUGGAGGAAGACAACUUGAACAAAAGAAAAAACAGGUUAGGAGACAUGCAAAACAUCUGAAGAUUUUCAUCUUCAGAUUUUUUCACUUACGUAAGGCCCCGGGUUUUCAUUUCAAUAUUGAAAUAUCGUUUAAUAUGGCUGCAAUCUCUGAAGUAGAAGAUGUCAAACCUGAGAUGAAUGAACCAAAGCCACCAUGUAAAUCUGUCAUUCAAAAUAAUACAGCAGCUUACGCUGAGAGACGUUUUGGUUGUAACAUUUGUGGGGCCAAAUUUGUAAAAAAUUCAGGUCUUAAUCGUCAUUUGAAAACGCACAAUGAUGAAAAAUCUUUUGGAUGUGAGUUCGCCCCAAGCAAGGUGGUAUUAAGUCGUGAAAAUGUUGAUCUUACAAGACAAAGGCUUUUUACACUGGAAAAAUGA